AGCGAAAGUGUCUUUAAACUGAAGGACACAGCCUGUGGCAGAGGCUUUUAUCGGAGAACCAAUCAGAUGCUCUAGAUCAGUUUUGGAAGCUGAAGCAUCAGUACAAAGGUCGGCGUGCGCGAGCUUUUGCAGCGCUCAGUCAGGCAGAGCACCGGGACGCGCGCGCUCAAUGGAUUUUUGAUUUCUGUAGGCUAUAGCCUUCAUUAAAGCCAGAGAUAUGAGCAAAGAAGCAAAGGGGGGAAAUCCAGACCAAACAAACUGCAAAUAUAAAUCGCAUCUGUUGUCCUCGUACUGUAUCGACAGUAUUCUAGGAAGGAAAGGUUCCUUAAAAGUUAAAGCAUCCCCGGACAGUUUGUGGUCCCUUCAACCAGACAUGCACCUGCCGCCGAAGCUCCGCCGCCCCUUCGCCGGGUUGACAGACUCCUCCACCAUAGACAUUCACACAAACGAAAACGAGGCAAGACUGCUACACACAGCUUGUGAAAAGAUAAAAAUUACUGAAGCCUCUCUAGUAAGCAUCACUCGUGCUAGAUCGUAUCAGGAACACGCGUCUCUACAGUCCUGCAAAAACGCGUCCAGUCCCUCGCCAGGACCGAAGGAGGAAGAAGCCGAGAGAGAGACAAAUGUGUCUCCGAAUCUAUUGGGGCUGCAAGAACGAGACGCAUAUUUGAAGAAUUGUGAGGAAACUACUUUAUCAGCGGGAAGUGACACUGAAGAUGGGAUGUUAAAACGAAAACAGAGGAGAUACCGGACCACAUUUACCAGCUAUCAGCUUGAGGAGCUUGAAAGAGCUUUUCAAAAGACACACUACCCUGAUGUGUUCACAAGGGAGGAAUUAGCAAUGAGACUUGAUCUUACAGAAGCACGAGUGCAAGUAUGGUUCCAGAAUCGACGUGCAAAAUGGAGGAAACGGGAAAAGGCGGGGGUUCAGUCACACAGUCUGAGCCUACACUAUCCUGGAACCCCCUCUGCUCCACAGUCCUUAUGUCAUUACCUGAGUGGGAAUCCCUUUGUCCCAAACCCGCAUCCAGCUAUUGAUUCAGCUUGGCCUGGCCCCCUCCAAAGACUGGCUCAGCCACCCCCAAACUCUGCUUCCCCUCACGGCUUCAGUGCUCUGUUAGGGGCAGCCAUGUUUAGACACCCCGCUUUCAUGAGUCCCACUUUUGGAAGACUGUUUACAAGCUUAGGUCCAAUGGCACUGCAAAGGAUACCCCUUCCUGUCAUCGAUAGACCUAUUCAACGCUCCCACCUCACCAACAACCUUCUCUCCUCUUCACCACCCUUACCGUCCCCUCCAACGGUGGACUUCCAUGCUUCCAGCAUAGCAGCACUGCGUCUCAAAGCGAAGGAGCAUUCUGCUCAACUUACUCACAUCACAGCGGCAGGAAUAGCUGGAAAAGAGGAGUGCUGAGACUCAUCUCACUUGAGAGAUCAGACCAAAGUCAAGCAGAAGCACUAAUAUAUAGAGUUAUUAUAGACACGUCUCUUCAGUCUCUGGAAGUUGAAUUGUAUCUUCUAAUAAUUCUUUCUUUGUUUAUUGCUGGUUGUUGAUGAGUGCUGAAAGUUUUUG